CAGCACAACGGCUACAAUGAAUUCCUUCCUGAGUUAUAAACAGUGAAUGUUGACUCGGAGUAGUUUUGAAUGCAUGAUGGAUUAUGUGGGUCAUGUGUGACGUUGUUGGGUGAGUGAUGCACCAUGUAAAUACGCCUGUACAUAAAAAAUGAUCGUCUACGAGUACCUGAUUAGUAAUUCAAUCACCAAGCCAGAUCAUCUUCCCUACUCUCAUAAAUCAAUUAUCCUAUGAUUUCGUUUUGUUCUUGGAAUGUAAAGAGGUCAUGCGGAGAUAAUAAAAAAAUGUGGAACAUCAAGGUUACUGAAAAUCUCUAACUUUGAAGGUUUCCACGAUUGAUUCGAAUGGUGAAAAUUGUGACAAGGCAAAAAAUUUUUGUCCUAGCUCAACAGUUAGCUAAAAAAGGUAGUAAUGCUGAUUGGUCAAAAUUAGUUGCUCAAGUGGAUAGAUAUCGUGAGAAAUUAUAUGAAGCAUGGUUAUGUGGUACAGAUGAAUUAACUAUAGAUAUACCGACAAAAUGGAAUCUUUGGGGUAGUAUCUAUUAUUGCUUCACAUUAUUUACAACUAUUGGUUAUGGUAAUGUGUUUCCAUCCACUGCUGUUGGUAAACUACUAACUAUUCUUUAUGGUAUGAUUGCCAUACCAUUGUGCAGUUUGCUAAUAAGUCGAAUAUCAGAUGUUAUUAUCAGACUGACUAAAGCAAUUUAUUAUAUGACACUUGAUCCUUCUGGAGUUCCAGUUGGAUUAAGAGAAGCUUAUCAUAGAAUUGAUGCAACUUUCGACUUUCGAGUACUUCCUUGCAUAUUAACAUUCGUAAUCUAUCUAGCAUUUGGAGCUGGGAUAUAUUCUUAUAUAGCUGGACAAAAGGAAUUAGAGUGGAGUAUUUUGGAUUUAAUUUAUUUCGCAUUUAUUUCAUUAUCAACUGUUGGAUUUGGAGAUUUAGUACCAGAAACUGAUGUAUUUUUAGCAGUUUUAUCAAUUAUUUACAUAAUUAUUGGUUUAGCAAUUACUGGUAUUGUAUUUGGACGUUUAACUGAAGCAUUUGAACAUGUUUUAUGCGGUCAUACUAUCGAGUCAAUUGAAGAAAAUCUCAUAAAUUCUGAACAAAGUUCUAUUCAAGCAACCAAACUUAUGAAAAAUAGAACAAAUGUAACACAUUUAAAACAAAAUUAACUCAUUGAACACUGAUUAUAAAGUAAUAAUAAAAAGAAAUAACUAAACAAUUAUUUCAUCAACAGAGGGAUGAAAUCUGGGGAUAAACUGAAUUAUAAAACGAUUAUCGAUUAAAAAUAUUUUCUUUGAUUCCUACUUGUUGUUUGUAAAUGAGAACAAAAUCAUGUUGCUUACCUUUAGUAUGUUGUUAUAUUAAAAAUAAGUACAGUUAAUACUCAUUUUAUCUGUUUAUGGUUUUUUUUUUAUUUUGUAGAAGUAAUUUAUUUGAAGAGAACUGUAAUGUUAACCUUAGUUAGGAAGCAAUAUGAGGUGGAUCUUUAACCAAACAAAAAAUAAAGAAGAUGUACUGUAAUCAAAAUAUAAUUUCAUAUUUUUGUCGU